AUGGUGACAUUAAGGAUAGCACUGCUAUCUCUUUUGCUAGCAGUCGUCUCAUCGGACUUUCGAUAUGACAAUGAAAUUAUUGGUAAGUUUGAGUAACAAUUUGUUUUUUAAAUUUCGAACAAGUAAUUUUUGGGUUACUGUAACUUUUUUUACAAAAAAUGAAAGUGGGUGACUGUAAUUUUGCUAAAAAAGUUUUUUUGGGUGUACUGUAACUUUUUUGAUCAAAAAUUGUUGUUUGGUACGAUUUUAGGUAGGGUAGGCUACAGUAGGGUAGAUAAAUUUUGAAAAAAUUUAAAAUUUUAAAAUUUUAAUGUCAAGUACAACAUUCCAGGUGAGCCAGAGAUUGAAUGUGGGCAUGGAGUAGUGAGUUUCAAAGUAAAAACCGCCAAAGGGCAAGCUUCUCAAGUGUUCGUCAGAGGUAAUUCCGAGAACAAGGAUUGUGUCUUUCAUAACACGGGAAAUGUCACUAUUGAUUUGUCCAAGUGUAAUAUCAGAAGGAAGCGCGAGGCUAACCCAACCGGAAUCACUUAUGCUAUGACUGUUAUUGUGCAGCUACAUCCAGUAAGUUGGUUUGAAAUGACGUAUUUUAUCACCAAAAAAAUUAAAAUUUUGAGGAUAUAAGGUGUGGAAAGAAAGUUUUUACCAUGUUUUCUUCAUUCGAGGGCGCUAUGUUGUACUUUAAAGUAUCAUAACUAUGUUGUAAGGACUCGUAGUACUGUGAAAUUGUAGUGUAUGGUAGCAAUUGUCAAUAUAUGUCGUAUUUUACAAAAUUUUUAAAUUUGGUUUUUUUGUAAAGAAAGUUAUUGCGGUUUUGACAUAUUGUGCCAUAACUAACCUAAACAGUUGCAGAUUUUGGCAAAACAUAUAGUAGGCAAUAAUAAUACUAUAGUAAACCUAAAUUUACGGUUUUGUAAAAUUUUGUUGUCUGUAAAGAAAGUUAUUGCGGUUUGGACAUUUUGUGCUAUAACUUAUAGCAAAAACCUCAGAUUUUGGUAAAACUUACAGUGACAAGUAUUAAUGUACUGAUACUAUUUUUUAAGUUUAGUAGUUGUAAGUUGCGUAAUUUGUAAAGGAAGUUAUUGCGGUUUUUACAUUUUGUGUCAUAACAUAAAAACAAAUUUAAAAAUUGUACCAAAAAUUUCAAAAAAUAAUGCCAGUAUCAUCCUCGUACUAUAUUUAAAACAGGCAUUAUUUUCAAAUUUUGUAAAGAAAGUUAUUGCGCAUUAAAAACUCAAAGUUUUCCUGAAAAUAUUCCAAAAUCCGGAAGAAACCCAAGCUUGUUCCGGAGCCUGAGAAACCUAUUAGUGCGUCAUGUGCCACCUCAAACAGUGUGGCAAGGCCACAGAAUUGUUGGCGGAAGCGCCGCGAAAAACCAUGUGAAGGCGUCUUCUUGACCUUGAUGAAUGUGGUGAUGCCCACCUGUGCGCAUCAGGAACAAUAGGGACGUCAAUUUGCGCGAAAAUAGCUGUGGUCAAGGUUUCCCCCUCCUUCCACUGACAUAUUGACCGGUAAUGAAAAGGACAAGAGUCUUGAGAAGGUGGCGUGAAAUUUGAGAGAAAUCAGCCAGUUUUUGAAAAUUACAGAGUAAAAAAUGAAAAAAUUUAGAUUUUGAUAGGUAAAAAAGUUUGUAAAGAAAAUUCUUGCGGUUUUUAAAUUUUUUAAAAGCAGAGAUAUUAUAUACUCAUUCUACUUUGUCUUUAUGCUUGAUUUCUUGGCUGUAAAGAAAGUUUCAGCAUUUUAAACCUUAGUAAUAGUCAGUUAGGAGGACAGCAGUGCAAGGUAGGGCAAGUUUGAAUAAGGCCUGGCCGGAUAGAGCGGGAUAAAGUAUACUUAAGUAGGAUAGGGUAGGACACAGCAGUGUAAGAUAGAGCAAGGUAGAGUAAGGCAAGACAGGGUAGGCACUGCGGUAGAGUAAAGACCUCUAAACACAUGUUUUGGCAAAAAAAAAUCUUUUUUUUUUGAAAAUUCGCAAGUUUGUAAAGAAAGUUUUUGCAACAAACUACAUUUUUAACUAACCUCAAUAUCUUGUGAAACUCAAAAAAAAAUUUGAAUUUUGAUUUUUAAUUGUAAAUAAAGUUAUUGUAAAGUCAUAGCACCCUUUGAGGGUAGAGUAGGUCAAGUGGGGUGGGUUGAGGUAAGUGAAGGUAGAGUAAGAUAGAAGGCGAAGGCAACGGCAAAGGCAAAGGCUAAGGCAAAUCCAAAGGCAAGAUAUAACAGAAACAAAACUUUAAAACUUUUUUCAGUUUUGACACAAAAGAAAAAUCUAAAAAACGAAAAAAAUUCUUGAGAAUCGCCGUAUAUUAAUAUUAAUGCGAGCGAUAAUCGACCUUCUGUACGCAUCGCUGCGUUAACUAAACAACAAUGUGUUUAUUUACCAAGGUGUGGACAAUUGCUUUCUUUAAUCUACAGUAUUUUUUUGCGUUUAUGUAAACAAAGUUUUUGCGGUUUUUUAAUUUUUCAGCUUUUUAGAGGUAAAAAUUGGAUUUAUAAUGAGUAAAAACACAAUAACUUCCUUUACAAAAGACGAAAUUUUAUAAAAUUUUGAGAGAAUAACAAAAAUAUCACUAGUGUCAAAUUAAAAUGACAUUUUCAGUUAUUCGUGACCAAAGUCGACCGUGCUUACAAUGUGAACUGCUUCUACAUGGAGAAGAAGCAAGAUGUCAAUAUCGAGUUCGGAGUCAGUGACAUUACCACUCAAUCCAUUGCUCAAGAUGCUGCCAUGCCACAAUGUACUUAUUCAAUUCACCGUGACAGUCCCAAUGGCCCUAUCAUUGCUUUCAGUAAGGUUGGCGAAAUUAUUUAUCACAAAUGGGAAUGCCCAUCAACCAUGUACAAGAUGUUGCUGACUUACUGCAAGGUUGUUGAUGGAAAAGGAAAAGAAUAUUCCCUGCAGGACGAGAAUGGGUUGGUUUUUGUAUUUCUGAAACAUUUUUAGAUGGUUUGGGAAAUUUGACGAAAUGUCACAACAACUAUUGGUUUUACAGAUUUUUUGUUGUGAAGUGUCACAAAAUUUAUUGUUUUUAAAAUAGGUUUUAUAGAUUUUUUGGGGUUUAAAAAGUAUUAUUGAGUUGUUAUUUUAAUUAUUUUAAAAGUAUUAUCAAUUUUGACGAAAUGUCACAAAAAUUAUUGGUAUUUUGAAUAACGUUAAAAUUGUUUUAAUAUUGAUUAGAAUAUGUUUUAAGAUGUAUGGUAAUCUAAAAAAAAAAUUUUUAUGUUUGAUGAAAUGUCAAAAAGUUAUUGAUUUUUUUUAUAAAAUGUUGCGAAGUGUUAACUUUUUUAAAACAAUAAAAUAAUGUGAAAAAUAUAUUGUAAAAUCAAUUUUUUGAAGUCAAAAUUUGUUUUUUAAUUAAAAUUAUCAAACUACCUUCUUUCAGAUGCUCCACCGAUCGUUACCUCUUCCCAGAAGUCACCUAUUCGGAUGACGUCACUACUGCUGUUGUAGAAACAGCUGCCUUCAUCUUCCCGGACCAAACUAAUCUUGCAUUUGCCUGUAAAAUCAGAUUAUGUUACUUUGGCGACCACUGCGACUCGAUUACGCCGCCACGUUGUGGAGCUGACGCCAAUCAUCGUGAGGUGGAGUUGAAUGGUGACGCACUUCAAGGAAACGACCUCAGUGACGACCAACUGAUCAGUAGUACCACUAGCGACGUUGAUAUUGGUACCACGGGCUCAGCUGAAGAUGUGAAGUCAACUGAACGAGCAUUUGCUGGAGAUACUGAAGCCACGACCUUCGGUGCUACUAGUACUACAACAGAGGUGCCGACUAGCACUACAGUUGUAUCAAGCAGUACCACUGAGGUACCAAGAAGCACUAGUGGAGCACCAAGGACAACUUCCACAACAACAGCUUCUACUACAACUCAUAGUACUACUCGAACAUCAAGCACCACUACCACAAAAUCAACGACCGCGGUAACCCCGAAGGGUGCCAGCAGUACCAAACUCUUCAUCCCAGCCGACUUCCCACGACCAGACGCUCUAGAAAGCCAAGAAGGCUCAGGUGAAGUUGACGCCUGGAUGGUCAGUGACAUUCCAGAAGCCAGUGAGAAUCGGAACGAAUCCCACGACGCCACGGCACCACCAGUACAAGUGCUCAAGAAGAACAAGAAACGAACUCCACAUGCUGAACGACCAACUGUAGACACGACCACAGCUCGAGCUGCUUCGCGACAACAACGAAAUGCCACACCAAGGCCACAAAACUUGGUGGAUAUGGAUGUUACUAGAGAUAUUACUAUCAUCGAUGACUAUAUCAGUAAGUUUAUGUACUAAAAUUAAAAAGAAAAGUAUAUAAAUUAAGUUUUUCUUUAAUAGAAAACAUAUAUAACACUGUGUCAUACGUUUUUAUACCUUAAUAAGCCGUUAUUGGAAAAUUGGACGUAAUGUCACAAAAAGUUAUUGAAUUUUCAUAAAAUAACAAGAACAAAUUCUUAAGUCAAAAUUAACUUAUUUGAUAUAAAAAUGGCAUUUAUAACAUUUUUAUCAAUUUUUAAAAAAUUUGAUGAAAUGUCACAAAAAUUAUUGAUUUCUCAAAAAUGGUAAAAUCAGCUUUUUAUGCUUGAAAAAGACUAUUUCACUACAAAAAACACUUUUUCGUUGCUAUUUGAUCAUUUUUUAAAAUUUGAUGAAAUGUCACAAAAAAUAUUGAUUUUUUAAAAAUGCUGUAAUUCGUCAUUUUGUGUUACUAAAACAUAACAAAUAAGUUUUUAUGAAUACUUUUAAACAAAACAUAAUUUUAGAUAAUGCCGAAUCCGCGACCCAAGCUCAGAAGCAAGUGUAUCGUGACAUCAACGAGACUCCGUUCGGUCGUGGCGUUUGCUUCUCGCCAGUCGCUCUGCUAUGUGGGGCUUUACUGCUCUUACUAUUGAUUGUCAGCGUGAUUUUUGUGCUGUUCCGUACCAGAAGGACCACUAAGUACUAUGGAGCUUAA